UUAUUUUUUCAUUUUUGGUUUUAUGCAAGGAUACAAAUAAAAAUAAAAAGACUACAUAUAAAAUUAUUUUUUAAAUACGCCGCAUUUAAUUCGCACCAUAAUAUUAAUAUAAGCAUUGUGUGGAUCAUUAUGAUUUCAUUUCGAUGCAUAAGUUCAAAGAAUACCUUUCUACGCCUUAAAGGUUCCCGGCUGCAACAAAAUGUUCUCGUUCAUUUGGGCUCCGGGGAUCAAAUGUCGAUAAUAUUCAGGAAACGAAAAUUUCGUCCAAUCCAACCUGAAAUCAACUCUGCGCAAAACCUUCCUAGUGAAGCAAAAGUUGUCAUCUGUGGUGGCGGCAUUAUGGGGGCAUCUGUUGCAUAUCACUUGGCUCUGAAAGGCUGGGGUCCCCAAACAGUACUCAUCGAGCAAGCCAAAAUAGGCGGUGGCAGUAAGUGGAGUGACAUCGGCAUAGCUGGACGAUUUGAACCCACCUACAAUGCUUUAAAGUUGGCCGAGUACUCCAUAGAUCUGGUGAAAGAUUUGACAAAUCGUGGUCAUUCGACAGGAUGGAAGCAGGUGGGAUCUUUGAGUCUGGCGAGAACAUUUGAUCGAAUGACGUCGUAUAAUAGAAUGAAGUCCCAAGGUUCGGCUUGGGGUAUUCCGUGUGAAAUAGUAACUCCUGAACAGUGCAAGGAGCUGUGUCCCAUAAUAGAAAUUGACGACCUAGCUGGAGGGCUGUGGAUAUCGGCGGAUGGAAUUUGCGACCCACCCUUGGUAUGUGAUACUUUCAUAAGCGAAGCCAAACGCAUGGGUGCUACCAUUAUUGAACACUGUGCUUUGAAAAAGGUCAGACAAGGCAUAAACAAAGUUAUUCAAGCCGAGACCACUUCUGGCAACAUAGAUUGUGAAUUUUUUGUUAAUUGCAGUGGGUUCUGGGCUCGUGAGGUUGGAACUUUGUCUACACCGGUGGUGAAAAUUCCUCUUCAACCGGUCGAACGUCACUUCCUCCAUACAAAACCAAUCGAGGGACUCGAUCCUAAUACACCAUUUGUGAGGGACUGCGAUGGGGAGAUCUACUUUCGCGAGAAGAAUGGUGGCAUCUUAGCUGGAGGAUUUGAGUCAGAAGCGAAAUGUGCUUACGAGGACGGUGUACCCCUGUCACAGGAUGAACGAGAGCUCCAACCCAACUGGGAUCACUUCCACCCGCUGUUAGAUGAGCUUCUUGUGCGUGUUCCCCAACUAAAGAAUGCCAAAUUGGAGCGUCUCUGUAAUGCUCCGGAGGCAUUUUCUCCCGAUUGCAAUUGGAUCUUAGGAGAAUCGUCUGAAAUUCAAAACUAUUACGUCUCAACUGGGAUGAAGACAAUGGGUGUAUCUGCUGCUGGAGGGAUGGGCAAAUCGCUGGCCGAUUUGAUUACAAAGGGAUACACCGAGUUGGAUCUGCAUAAUGUUGACAUCAAACGGUUCCUGGGGGUUCACAGUAAUAGGAAAUUUUUGAGAGAUCGUGCUAAGGAAGUGCCAGGAAAGUAUUUCAAAAUCAAUUAUCCCUAUCAUGAAUUCAAAUCGGGGAGAAAUUUGAGAAUGUCGCCAAUUUUUCCAGCUCUAAGAGAAGCCGGGGCAGUGUUUGGACAGUUGAUGGGCUACGAAAGGCCCAAUUACUUCGAACAAAAAAACAAACUCGAUGAACAUGGAAUACCUCGUUUUCGAGUUGCACAAACUUGUACAUUUGGUAAACCGCCAUGGUUUGAUUAUGUUAUGGCCGAAUACAAUGCAUGUAGAGAAAGAAUAGGCCUGGCAGAUUAUAGUUCCUUUACGAAAUAUGAUAUGUGGUCAAACGGUCGGGAAGUUGUUGAUCUCUUACAGUAUUUGUGUUCCAAUGAUGUUGAUGUGCCUGUGGGAUCUAUAAUUCAUACGGGAAUGCAGAAUGAUUGGGGUGGUUAUGAGAAUGACUGCUCGUUAGUCAGACUCGCCGAGAGUCAUUUUAUGAUGAUUGCGCCGACUGUUCAACAAACAAGAUCAAUGGCUUGGAUCAACAAACACAUGCUUCCUGGAGGAGGAGUAAAUAUUUCUGAUGUAACAUCAAUGUACACUGCCAUUUGUGUGCUCGGGCCCUAUAGCAGAAUAUUGCUCUCAGAAUUGACUGAUACGGAUCUUUCACAGAAAAAUUUCCCAUUCUUUACAUAUAGAGAAUUAGAUGUGGGUUUAGCCAAUGGUAUACGAACUAUGAAUAUAACCCACACUGGUGAAUUAGGAUACGUACUUUAUAUACCCAACGAAUUUGCAUUGCAUGUAUAUGGAAGACUUGUAGAAGCUGGGCAGAGGUAUGGAAUUCAACAUGCAGGAUACUAUGCAACAAGAGCUUUGAGGAUAGAGAAAUUUUAUGCUUUUUGGGGGCAAGAUCUGGACACAUUUACCACUCCUUUGGAAUGUGGUCGCAGUUGGCGAGUAAAGUUUAAUAAACCAAUUGAAUUCAUCGGUCGCAAAGCUUUGGAAAAACAACGUAAAGAUGGGGUCCAUCGAAUGUAUGUUCAACUUCUGCUCAACGACCACGACCACGAGGUUGAUCUUUGGUGCUGGGGAGGUGAGCCAAUCUAUCGCAAUGGUCAAUACUGUGGGAUGACCACAACAACUGGUUAUGGAUUCACACUCAAGAAGCAGGUGUGUCUUGGAUUUGUUCGACAUUUAGAUGAAAACGGAAAAGAAAUGCCAGUAACAAAUGAUUACAUUUUAUCUGGGCAUUAUGAAGUCGAAAUAGCUGGAAUUCGUUAUGAGGCAAGAGUAAAUCUGCACUCGCCAAACUUACCAACGAAAUUCCCUGACCGGGAACGUGAAGCAUAUCACGCGACUCGUGAUAAACCAGAUCAGGGUGAUUUGUUGUUAUAUGACCAAAAAAAACCAUAAUAUUAUUAUUACUAAAGUCAAAGUUUGUUUUGUGAAGUGUCCUUUUUUAAAAAAGAGUACAAUUGUUUAAUAAUAAAUGUAUUUAUUGCCA